AUGAAAGUUAUCUCGGCUAUGUUGCUCGCUGCCGUUUUUUGGAGCCAGGAGUGGAAGUCGGCGCUCUCGGAUUCAAUCAUCCACAUCGGUGCCAUCUUUGACGAGUCAGCACGGAAAGAUGACGAGGUGUUCCGCCUUGCCGUGGCAGAUCUCAAUCUGAACAACGAGAUCUUGGAGACGGAGAAGAUCACCAUCUCUGUGGAAUUCGUUGAUGGGAACAACCCCUUCCAGGCUGUGCAAGAAGCCUGUGAGCUGAUGAACCGUGGUAUCCUGGCUCUGGUCAGUUCAAUCGGCUGCAUGUCAGCGGGCAGCCUUCAGACUCUGGCCGAUGCCAUGCACAUCCCCCACCUCUUUAUCCAGCGCUCCCCAGCGGGAACACCCCGCUCCGCCUGCCCGCCAACCGGUCGCGUCCCUGGAACAGAUGACUACACCCUAAUGGUCCGCCCACCUGUCUAUCUCAAUGAGGUCAUCAUGCAAGUGGUGUCUGAGUACAGCUGGCAGAAGUUCAUCCUCUUCUAUGACUCUGAUUUUGAUAUCCGUGGUAUCGAGGAUUUCCUGGACAGGACCUCUCAGCAGGGAAUGGACGUAUCCCUUCAGAAGGUGGAGUCAAAUAUCAACAUGAUGAUCACGAGUCUCUUCAGAACAAUGCGUGUGGAAGAGCUGCAUCGCUACAGGGAUACACUACGCAGAGCCGUGCUGUUCAUGAGCCCAGCUACUGCCAAGGCUUUUAUCACUGAGGUGGUGGAGACCAACCUGGUGGCCUUCGACUGUCACUGGAUCCUGAUUAAUGAGGAGAUCUCAGACUACGACUUGCAGGAGUUAGUUAUGAAGUCAAUCGGUCGACUGACGUUGGUGCGCCAGACGUUCCCCAUGCCUCAGAACACGACCCAGCGCUGUGUCAAACACAACCACAGGAUUAACACUUCUCUCUGUGACCCUAAAAACCCCAAGGCUCAGCAGCUGGAGAUCACCAACCGCUACAUUUAUGAUACCGUGUUGCUGCUGGCCAAUACCUUCCACAGAAAGUUGGAGGAUAGGAAGUGGCACAGCAUGGCCAGUCUGAGCUGCAUCAGGAAGAACUCCAAACCAUGGCAGGGAGGCAAGAGCAUGCUGGAUACUGUCAAAAAGUUCGGAGUGAGCGGCCUCACCAGUUUCCUGGAGUUCACUGACAAUGGCACUAACCCCAACAUCUUCUUUGAAAUCCUGGGAACAAAUUAUGGAGAAGACAGGGGACGAGGAGUCAGCAGGCUGGCCACGUGGGACCCAGUCCACGGCUUGAACGGCACUCUGACAGACAGGAAAUUGGAAAAUAACAUGAGAGGUGUGGUGCUACGAGUUGUAACUGUUCUGGAGGAGCCGUUUGUAAUGGUGUCAGAAAAUGUUCUGGGAAAGCCGAAGAAGUACCAGGGCUAUUCCAUUGACGUCCUGGAUGCUCUGUCCAACUAUCUGGGCUUUAAGUAUGAGAUCUACGUCGCCCCAGACCACAAAUACGGCAGCCUGCAGCCUGACGGUCAAUGGAACGGACUGAUGGGUGAAUUGGUCUUCAAGCGAGCCGAUGUGGGACUUUCAGCCCUGACCAUCACGCCUGAGCGAGAGAGCGUCGUGGACUUCACCACGCGCUACAUGGAUUAUUCUGUGGGUGUUCUGCUGCGCAAGGCCGAACGCACUGUGGACAUGUUUGCCUGCCUGGCGCCCUUUGACCUGUCACUGUGGGCGUGCAUCGCGGGCACCGUGCUCCUCAUUGGCAUCCUUGUGUACUUGCUCAACUGGCUCAACCCACCCCGGCUCCCCAUGGGAUCUGUGUCCUCGACAACACUGUACAAUUCCAUGUGGUUUGUGUACGGCUCCUUCGUACAACAAGGUGGAGAGGUGCCCUACACCACUCUAGCUACGAGGAUGAUGAUGGGAGUUUGGUGGAUGUUUGCUCUUAUUGUGAUCUCCUCGUAUACUGCCAACCUAGCAGCCUUCCUCACCAUCACACGCAUAGAGAACUCCAUACAGUCUCUCCAGGACUUAUCCAAGCAGACAGAGUUGCCUUAUGGUACAGUGUUGGACUCCGCAGUAUAUGAUCAGGUCCGCUCCAAGGCUAUGAACCCCUUCGAGAGAGAUCCCAUGUACUCCCAGAUGUGGCGCAUGAUUAACCGCACUGGAGGAGGAGAUAAUAACGUCGAGGAGUCCAAAGAAGGCAUUCGCAAGGUGAAGUACGGCCGCUUUGGCUUUGUGUGGGACGCAGCAGUGCUGGAGUACGUCGCUAAUAAUGAUGAGGACUGCUCGUUCUACACCGUCAGCAACAACGCACCAGACCGUGGAUACGGUAUCGCCAUGCAGCACGGCAGCCCCUACAGGGACAUUUUCUCCCAGAGAAUCCUGGAGCUCCAGCAGAACGGGGACAUGGAUAUACUGAAACUCAAGUGGUGGCCCAAGGACAGCCCCUGCGACCUCUACAGUUCGGUCCAGACACGACAGCGCGGGAACGCCUUGGACAUCCACAGCUUCGCUGGCGUUUUCUGCGUCCUAGCAGCCGGAGUGGUUCUCUCCUGCCUCAUUGCCAUGGUGGAGAGCUGGUGGUCACGGAGGAAGGGAUCCAGGGUCCCCUCCAAGGAGGACGAUAAGGAGAUCGACCUGGAGCACCUACACCGCCGGGUUAACAGCUUGUGCACCGAGGAUGAAAGCCCCCACAAGCAAUUCUCCACCUCUUCCGUCGAUUUAACACCCCUUGACAUGGAUGCAUUGCCUGCCGCGCGUCAGGCACUCGAGCAGAUCAGCGAUUUCCGCAACACCCACAUCACCACCACCACCUUCAUCCCCGAGCAGAUCCAGACCCUCAGCCGCAGCCUCUCUGCCAAAGCCGCUGCUGGAUUUUCUGCUGGUUUCGGUAGCGGUGGCGGCAGCGUCCUCCAGGACCACCGGACUGGCGGAGUUGGCCCUUUCAGGCAGAGGGCCCCCAACGGUGGCUUCUUCCGCAGCCCCAUUAAAACAAUGUCCUCCAUCCCCUACCAGCCCACAGGUCCAGGACCCAACUUUGGAUAUGGCAAUGAUCCAGACAGGGGCACCUCUAUAUGA